CACACUGGUGGGUCCUUCAAAACGUAGUCCACUGUGGCGCUGGCUGUUAGGUUAGUUUGGGCAGCAGGGAAGAGGUCUCGGCAACGACAGAACUCAACUGUAGAACAUAAUGGCUUCAAUGCUGCUGAACACAAUGUGGAGCGGCUCUGUCCGCCCUUCCCGGGCCGUGUGGUUGGGGGCACGCUCUCUAAGUACGACAGCUCAGCUUCAGGCUCAGGUUCAGACAAAGAGCAAAAAGACACUGGCAAGGCCUGGUGUGAAGAACAUAGUUCUGGUGGAAGGAGUUCGAACCCCUUUCCUGCUGUCUGGAACCACAUAUGCUGACCUAAUGCCCCAUGACUUGGCCAGAGCAGCUCUGCAGGGUCUGCUACACAGGACGGGCUUACCCAAAGAUGCUGUAGACUACAUCAUCUAUGGGACAGUCAUUCAGGAGGUCAAAACCAGCAAUGUAGCAAGAGAGGCAGCAUUGGGUGCAGGCUUCUCUGACAAGAUCCCAGCUCACACCGUCACCAUGGCCUGCAUCUCCUCCAACCAGGCAAUGACCUCAGCUGUUGGUCUGAUUGCUGCAGGCCAGUGUGACUCUGUUGUGGCAGGAGGGGUGGAGUUCAUGUCCGAUGUUCCAAUCCGUCACAGCCGCAAGAUGAGAAAGACCAUGCUGUCCCUCAACAGGGCGAAGACCCUUGGCCAGAGGCUCAGUCUGAUUGGCAGUAUCCGGCUGGCACAUCUCUCCCCCGAGCUUCCGGCUGUGGCUGAGUUCUCCACAGCUGAGACGAUGGGCCACAGUGCUGAUCGUCUGGCUGCUGCGUUCGGGGUCUCCAGAAUGGAACAGGAUGAGUUUGCUUUGCGAUCACACACUCUGGCCAAACAGGCCCAGGACGCCGGCCUGCUGCAGGAUGUCGUCUCCUUUAAAGUGCCAGGUCGUGAUAUUGUUUCCAAGGACAACGGCAUCCGCCCAUCCUCCAUGGAGCAAAUGGGCAAACUAAAGCCCGCCUUCAUUAAACCUCACGGCACAGUCACCGCCGCAAACUCCUCCUUCCUGACUGACGGUGCGUCUGCUGCACUCAUCAUGUCUGAAGAGAAAGCGUUGGCUAUGGGUUACAAGCCUAAAGCCUACCUCAGAGACUUUGUCUACGUGUCCCAGGACCCCAAAGAUCAGCUACUUUUGGGGCCAACGUACGGUACACCAAAGGUCCUGGAACGUGCUGGCUUGACCAUGAGUGAUAUUGACGUCUUUGAGUUCCACGAGGCAUUCGCAGGCCAGAUAAUGGCAAAUAUGAAGGCUUUGGACUCAGAUUGGUUUGGUCAGACGUACCUGGGCAGGAAAUCAAAGGUGGGAGCUCCUCCCAUGGAGAAGUUCAACCUGUGGGGAGGUUCUCUGUCUUUGGGUCAUCCGUUCGGUGCCACAGGCUGCCGGCUGGUAACCACGGUAGCACACCGGCUGCAAAAGGAGGGAGGACAGUACGGACUGGUGGCGGCUUGUGCUGCUGGAGGACAGGGUCACGCCAUGGUGAUUGAGGCCUACCCCCAGUAAAAUCCGUAAAACACCAUCUGUAACCCGAUCUUCAAGUUCAUCACAACGGCUUCACACACACCAGACACCCGACUGUACAUACUAGCACCACUUUGCCUUGAUGAGAGAGUCAGAUGCAGUAUGUGAGUGAGUCUUAGGAAUCUUGCUUCGAAGCUGUUUAAAUUAUAGAGUAACGUUGUAAAGAAAGGUUUCUUAUGAUUUUCUAGACUUUGAGGUGCAUCUUGUCUGCAUUGUGACUGAGUCGAAUGUAACAUAGCUUAAUUUAAGCACUCGGAGGAGCUACAGUGAUCCUAAUGUUUAUAUACGCUGUAAUAUUGUUUUCUUACGAACUGUUGGAAUUAAAGAGUGUGAUGAUGAUGAUGAUGAUGAUGACCACACUGACACUCAUUCAUUGGCUGGCUAUUCUUUCUCGCCCUUCAAAGAGACCUAUUGUAGAAAUACACUGGUUACAGUUUCUAGUCUAAUACGAGAGCAAAUGGACUAUUUUGGGGUUUUGGACUGUUGCAUUUGAAGACAUUUUAGGGUUAUCUAUCUGUUUUGCGGACACUUUUUUUUGACUAAACAAACAUCCUGUACAAAUAAGCGACCGUAGAUCAAGGAGAAGCCAACGUGAAUAAAUGCCACAACACUCACACAAGGUUGCAGGUGCAUGCUGUGAGACAUCAGCAACAGUAUUU